AUGUUUCAACUACUAGGAAGAAUUCUAAGGAAAAUCUUUUUUCUUGAGGCCGAGCCUCCAACUUCUCCCUUUUCCUCUGACUUGGAAAAGGACAGUGUGAAAUCUCAAGAUGGUGCCAAAGUCAAACAAAAAGGCACCAAAAGGAGAAUCUCUGAGGACAGCCAAGAAUCUGUAACACCAGCAAAGAAAAAACGGGAACUUGAGAUUCCUUCUCAAAAAGAUGAAUCUGCACGCUCAAAACCUGUUGGUAGCAGAAAGAGAAAGGCAUCUGAUACGGAACAACUACCAACCAAAAGAUUGAAAGAAAGCACAGAUGAAGAAGAAGACCCAAAGCUUGAAUUUGAGGCCAAAUAUGUGGAGCUGAAUCCACUUGGUGAAGGUGGUUGUGGAUCUGUGUUUAAUGGCUAUCGUAAAUCAGACAAGUUAGUGGUGGCCAUCAAGCACAUCCCAAAUGAGAAUAUUUACUGCACACAUUUUGAUGAAAGUGGACGAGAGUUAUCUGUAGAAGUUGCUGUAAUGUUAAAACUUCAGUCUGGAACAUCAAAUUCAGCCGGCAGCAAAGCACCUAUCACCUUGCUAGACUGGUAUGUGCUGCCACAUGAACUGAUUUUGGUGUUAGAGAGACCAAUGCCAGCACCAGAUCUUCAGUCCUACAUUGAAAGGCGUGGAGGUUCAUUAAAAGAAAGUGAAGCCAAGAUUAUCCUCAAACAACUGGUAGAGGCAGCCAUUCACCUUCAGGAUGAAAAGAUUUUCCACAGAGACAUCAAACUGGAAAAUAUCUUGAUAGAGAUGUGUUCAGGCGCCCCACGAGUUCGUAUCAUUGACUUUGGACUCAGCUGCUUCACACAGAAAAAUUCAAAUCAUAACACCUUCUAUGGCACUGAUUGUCACGUCCCUCCAGAAUGGCUGUUUUGGUAUCAAUACAGCGCUGGCCCCACAACAGUGUGGCAGCUGGGAAUUGUCCUCUUUGAAUGCCUCCACAACAAGCGCUUCAAUUCAUCUAGCUUUAUAAAAAGAAAGAUCAAAAUCAACAACAGACUUUCUAAAGACUGCAAAGAUUUUCUGAGGCAGUGCUUUACCAGAGACCCAAAGGAGCGUCCUAGUCUGGAACAGAUUCGCCUUCACCCUUGGCUCAACUAAAUCCUACAGUAAACAUUUCAGCCAAGGGCCAGCCAGUUGUGUUCCAGCUACUAUAAAGACAAAUAUGAUGGGAUAUGAUUGAAAACACAUCAUAGUUUGUAGUUUAUUAGCUCUUCCAUAGUGGGUUUUUCUCUGGGUACUGUGGUUUCAGACACAAAUUUAGUUAAAAUAGUAGAUGUACUUUAGUAUUAGUAAUAGAUACCCUUAAAAUUAGACUAGUGAAAGUAGAGUAAAACAACAGUAAUAUUGUCUAUACAAAAUAAACAGUAUUAAUCAAACAAAACAAUAAUGAUGUAGAAAAUAUCAUAGUUUUUAGUUCAUGAGCUCCUGUGGGUUUUUCUCUAGGUCCUAUGGUUUCCCACAUUAAUUUUUCUUCAAAUAGUAGAUGUACUUUAGUAUUAGUAAUAGAGCAACUAAAACUUAGAAUAGUAGGUCAAAUAGUACUUUUCUACUUAAGGAAUGGAAAUUGUGGCUGUUUUGACAGCCUAAAAAGAAGCCCGACCUGCCACAAUGCAAAGGUUGGCGUUAAAUCAGCGUAGUAAAUAAAGUAGAACAUCAUAAGGUCCAAUACAGAAAUCAAGUCAUUACAGCAGCAUAAUAGUUAGCAACCCACUGCACAAUGUAAUUUAAUUUUGCAAACAGAAUAGUUGCAGUUUUGACAAGUAGAGACAAUAAUCACAAAAAGCACCAUAAAAUUAAAAUAGAAAUAAAAAAAUAAUAAAAUAAACGAAAAAAUAAUAAUGAAAUAAAAAAUGGUAAAAAUCAUAGUUUUUAACUUGUGAGCUCUUUCAAUUGGCCUGUGGGUUUCUCUGCGCGUACUCUGGCUUCCCACACAAAUUCUGUAGUUUUUGGAAGAAAAAAAAAGUCACUCUGCUGUCCAGCUCACCCCAAACCAUCUCGAUUGGGUUCAGGUCUGAUGACUGUGGAGGCCAGGUCAUCUGGCGCAGCACCCCAUCACUCUCAAUCUUGGUUAAAAUAGCCCUUAAAACAGCCUGGAGGUGUGUUUGGGGUCAUUGUCUUGUUGAAAAAUAAAUUAUGGUUCAACUAAACGCAAACCGGAUGGAAUAGUACGCCGCUGGAAGAUGCUGUGAAGCCGGCAUAUAUGCCUUCAAUUUUGAAUAAAUCCCCAACAGUGUCACCAGGAAAGGACCCCCACACCAUCACAC